GCUCUUUGUGCUUUCUAUAUCAAUACAUAUUCAAAAGUAGAGAUUCUCCCAAACUGUUAAUUUUUCUCUUUUCGCAUUUAUUUGAAUAUUUGUAUUUUAGAUUAGUACCAAUCUGUGCGUAUUGUUAUCUCGUUAAUAUUGUGAAGUAUAAAGUAUUUGUCUGGAAUUAGAUCAAAUGGGUUGUCGCCGAUUUUCCGGGGGAGGACACCGCUCACGCGGAGGUCCGCCUCAUCACCAUCGACCGCAUCCUGGCGGCCACCGCGGUAGACACGGUUGGCAUGGACAUGGACCUCCUGGUGGACACCAUGGCGGUGGUCACUAUUGGGACGGAUGUGCUCCUCCUCCACCGCCGCCCCCUUGUCCACCUGCUGGCGGACUACCAUGUGGAGGGCACUAUCAUCCUCCGCCACCUCCGCCACCUCCGCCCCCUUCUCACAAUCAGCCACCAGCUUUUGGAUACCAAGGAGGUGGUUGCCACUAUUGCGGAUGCCCCAGUGGCGGUCCACCACAGAGUUCACAUCCCGGGAUCCAAGCACCACUUAGCGAAACCCCAAAUGGCGAUCCACAUGGUAACAAUGAAUCCAGUAACACAAACAGCAGUCAAAUUCAAAAUCCUGGUGAAGAAAUCCCAAACAGUCAAAUACCUGGCAGAAAUAAAUACGAAAUCAUUGAUCUUAGGAAUCCGUGACUGCUUAAGAGAAUUCGCUUAUAAAUUACAUAUCCACACUUUUUAAAAUGUUCCUUGAAGUAAUUUAAAAGGAUUUUAAUUCUACAUUUUUAAUUAAUUUUUACAAAGAAUGUUGUCAAAUGUUCAAACAAAUAAAAGGACCAUUAUUUUUGAAUGCA